CCUUAGCUUCAUACUGAUACGACUAAUUCAGUUACUAGCUACUAAGUUAGUUAUUAGCUAAGUUACUAGCUACUAGCUACUUAGCGUAGUAUAGUACAAGAACUAGACCCAAGAACCUCAGUUUCCUUCUUCCACCGUGACCCUCCAUAUUCAUUCCCCACUUCUCAAUUGACUUCCUCCUACAUCGCUCAGCGAUGAUAGCUAUCGUUCACCAUCUUCCCCAGCUUCAAUAGACAUGAAAAUUCCCAUUCCCCUUCUGCUAGCAGCUGCUGGCCUUGCCGCAGCAGCACCGCCUCAACAAUCACCCUUAUCGCUCACUCCUGACCCCUCGGACAUCAUCGAUGCCUCCCCCUUCCUUUCGUUUCACCGCAACCUCGUCCAAAUCCCCUCGGUGUCUGGCAACGAAACCGCCGUCGGGCUCUUCAUCGCCGACUUUCUCGAAACGCACAAUUUCACGGUGAUCAAGCAACCCGUCCCCGCCGGCAGCCAGGGAACGGACCCGACCACCGACAAGAACCGAUUCAAUAUCUUCGCCUACCCGUCCGCCUCGCCCUCGCAGGACCGGCCCGAGAUCCUUCUCACCAGCCACAUCGACACGGUGCCGCCGUUCCUCCCCUACACCCUCCAUGACCACGACCCCGGCAAUCGGUCCUCCCUGACCCUCGCCGGCCGCGGCACCGUCGACGCCAAAGCGAGCAUCGCCGCGCAGAUCUUCGCCGUCCUCGAGACCUUGAAGGAGCAACCCGGGGCCAGCCUGGGGCUUCUCUUUGUGGUCGACGAGGAGGUCGGCGGCCUGGGGAUGCGCGUCUUCUCCGAGUCGCCGCUCAACCCGACGGACCCGUCGCCCUUCCACACCGUCAUCUUCGGGGAGCCCACCGAGCUGGCGCUCGUCUCCGGCCACAAGGGCAUGCUCGAGUUCCCGCUCGUGGCGACCGGCCAGGCCGCCCACUCCGGCUACCCGUGGCUCGGCCGGAGUGCCGUCUCCGCGCUCCUGCCCGCGCUGUCACGGCUGGAUGUGCUCGGCGAGAUCCCCGCCGAGGAAGGCGGCCUGCCCGCCAGCCCCAAAUAUGGCCGGACGACGGUGAACAUCGGUCGCGUCGAUGCGGGCGUCGCGGCCAAUGUGGUCCCCGCCAAGGCGCGGGCGGAGGUCGCCAUUCGCCUAGCCGAGGGUACCCCGGACGACGCGAGGAAGGUCGUCGCGCAAGCGGUCAAGGAUGCCACCAACGGAGAUGAGAGCGUCUACUGUGAUUUCGAGGUGUACAGCGGAGGGUAUCCGCCCCAGGACUUGGAUACCGAUGUCCCGGGCUUUGAGGUGAUGACCGUGAAUUACGGCACGGAUGUGCCGAACCUGAAGGUCUCGGAGAAAGUGAAGCGAUACCUAUAUGGGCCGGGAAGCAUCCAUGUUGCGCACGGGGAUGAUGAGGCAAUCACAGUCGGGCAACUCGAAGAGGCUGUACGGGGAUAUAAGCGACUGAUUGAUGCUGCUGUACAGCGGGGCCUCAAGUUGGAAUAAAUCUCAAGAACUGGGUGGUGGUUGGUGUAGUGAGCUGUGAAAAAUGGUCCCUCUUUCGUAUUGGAUCUACAUGACCAUAAGCAAGUUUCGAAACCACGAUGCAAGCGGUCAAAAAGUAUGAAAUUUGGGAUAUUCAAACUAUACAGAAUCGCCAAGCAGGUUACCACAACAAGUAGAAAAAAAAUUACAUCUGAGCUAGAUGCUCCAUCGUCUGACU